UUCUUUUGCAAGAUGUUUCACUGCCUUGGUGUGCUUUUCGAAAAAUAGGUCUGCUAUUGUUGAGACUGCUCCUACAUUUUGCAUCCAAUAAUUUGAUGAUGAGAAAAGGAAAUCUUUGCUGGUGGCUACUAUUGCUACCUGUUUUGUCCCAAACAUUGCCUAGUAAAGUAGAGGAAAUGGGCCAAGAUUGGAUUGGACAAGAGAAAGAGCCAGUGUUACAGGUGGAAGAGUUGUUGGACAAACCUGUUCAUCGUAUAAAUCCUGACAUGGAUCAAGGUACUUUGCAUGGUGUGGAAUGUGGGCUGGAAGGAACUGGAGUACUUGGGCAUGACUGGGGCCACAUGGAGACCCAAGGAAUCCUCAGGGACUAUGACCGUGGAUUCCUGAAUGCGGUUAAACGUGAUUUGUGGGAAGCAGGUGACCUAGAGAUAUUUGGAAUGUGUCCAGAUGAUAAGCAAUCAGCCACUAUUGUAAUCAUGAAACAACUUGCAAAAUUAAUUCAAGAAUCUGAAGGAAAACAUUUGGUGGUUUUUCAAAUGGAGAAAGUGGAAUGGGAGCCUGGAACCAUCCUGGAGUUUCAGGGCACCAUAGAGGAACACAUCUACCCCUUACUGCAGCACACUCACCUCCUGGCACUUGUGGUCUACCCAGACACACAGAAGUCCUCUGCGGGGAGUCAUCCAUCCAAACUCUUGGUGUCAGUGGAAGGUCAGCCACAGGAUCAGGUUGUGUGCAUGUCAACAUCCACCCAAUAUUUGGUCUUUAGAGUGAGAGGGACCAUGAAGAAUGUUACUUCUGACCAUAUAAGAUUUCACCUAUCUGUCCAUUUAAAAGACCAUUCUGAUGGACCUGGCCUACCAAAACCUGAAAUUGAAAGGCUCCUUUUUGGGAAAGACAAGUGUCUCACCAAGAUUACUCCAGCCUUAUUCAUGGUUUUAGGACAAUCACAUAGAGAAGCUUCCCUCCCCAUCUCAGAAGCUUCUCUGGAGAACCCUGAAUCCAGUUUUAAAGAAAGCAUGAAUACUCAACCUGUGGUUGAGAAGGAUGACUUUUUGAAGACCCUGGCUCGUUUCUCCUCUCUCCUUAUGGGUUCUAAAGGCAAGGCAAAGACUUCUGUCUAUUUUUCCCCUGAUCCUGCUGAUACCAGAGGUGGAGUUUUGCACCCUCAACUUUUCAAUGUUACAGAAGUUGAGGCACUUGAGUGGUUGGUCGAGUCUCAAGAACCCUUGGUUUUUCUUUUUUUGCCAGGGAGUAAAUAUCUUCUGGGAACUACAUUUCAAGAAAAAUUUAAUGGAACGUUGUUGGAUAAAAUGACUGUGAAAAUCCAAGAGGUUUUGGAAGAUCUGGAAGAGGUUUUGUCUGAUGGAGAACAAGUCCAAAUUCUUCAACACCUACUGAGUUUCUGCCAUGGCUUCUUUAAUGUUAGCUAUUUGCCCAGGACAGACAAAUUACUACAGUUGGGAGAACACAAACAUAGAAAACUUCAUUCUUUGAUGCUACUUAAAGUCUUGCAAGCAAUUCGUACAUAUUGGCAAGACCACAAGAAACUAUCACGGCAGCACCGGGGUGCUGGUGCUAAAUCUUACUGCCGCCUUCAGGACCUUAUCAUCAGCCUUAAACCGUAUGCAGAAUAUAAGCAUGUUCACCUCCCUGAUGAAAUCAACAUCAACAACUGUGUGGGGCCGUGCCGCUUCCCACAAACAACACAGAGUGACUACCAGGCCCAUGUUGUUUUGCUAAUCCAACUGCAGGAGAGAAAGCAACCACAACUUGAUAGACCUCCAUGUUGCGUUCCUGUAAAAUACCAAGGGCAAUGGCUUAUGGUGGCAGACGAGAAUGGUUUGACCCUUCGGCUAUACCCCAACAUGGUUGCCAAAGAAUGUGGCUGCCGGUAA